GCCCCGCAAGGCCAGCACCUCCGGUCAGGGGUUUGUUUUUGCGCUGCUCGAGCUACUGCCGGGACCCAACAGAGACUGUUAUAACAGAAUUGCCUUCGCUGUGCCUGUGACGUGUGGUGGAGCAGGUCUGUGCUCUGGUGUUUAAGGUGCUGAGAGUCGAGGAAGGAUGGAAGAGUAGAGGAUGGCUCACUUCACCACAGAUUACCAGCGGCUGGAGGCCUCCUACAGCGACUCUCCCCCGGGCGAGGAGGACCUUCUGGUCCAUAUCGCUGAGGGCAGCAAAUCGCAAUGGCAUCACAUCGAAAACCUCGACCUCUUCUUCACCAGGAUCUACCAUCUGCACCAGAAGAACGGCUUCACCUGCAUGUUGCUGACUGAGCUCUUCGAGCUGGUGCAAUUUCUGUUCGUCGUGGCCUUCACCACGUUCCUGGUGAACUGCGUGGACUAUGACAUCCUGUUUGCCAACAAAAUGAUCAACCACACGCAGCGGGGACACGAGACUGUGAAAGUCACUCUGCCGGAUGCUUUCCUGGCCCCACAGGCCUGCACUGCCAAGAUCCAACACAAUGUCUUCAUCAUCUUUAUCCUGCUGAUUGCUGGUAUAUUCUGGCUGCAUCGCCUCAUCAAAUUCAUCUACAGUGUCUGCUGCUACUGGGAGAUCCGCUCCUUCUACAUCAACGCCCUGCAGAUCCGCAUGGCGGACCUGCCCUACUUCAGUUGGCAGGAGGUGGAGGCGCGGAUCAUUGAGAUCCAGAAGGAACAUCAGAUCUGCAUCCACAAGAAGGAGCUGACCGAACUGGACAUCUACCACCGCAUCCUCCGCUACAAGAACUACACGGUGGCCAUGGUCAACAAGUCCCUGCUGCCCAUCCGCUUCCACCUGCCGCUGCUGGGUGAGGUGGUCUUCUACACCAGGGGGCUCAAGUACAACUUCGAGCUGAUCUUCCUGUGGGGGCCGGGGUCGCUGUUCGAGAACGAGUGGAGCUUGAAGACGGAGUACAAGCGCGGGGGCAGCCGGCUGGAGCUGGCCGACAAACUGAGCUCUCGCAUCCUGUGGAUCGGCAUCGCCAACCUGCUGCUCUGCCCCAUCAUCCUGAUCUGGCAGAUCCUCUACGCCUUCUUCAGCUACACGGAGGUGAUCAAGCGGGAGCCGGGGAGCCUGGGGGCCCGGUGCUGGUCGCUGUACGGACGCUGUUACCUGCGGCACUUUAACGAGCUGGAUCACGAGCUGCACUCGCGGCUCAGCAAGGGCUACAAGGCGGCCUCCAAGUACAUGAACUGCUUCCUCUCGCCGCUGCUCACCGUCAUCGCCAAGAACGUGGCCUUCUUCGCGGGCUCCAUCCUGGCUGUGCUCAUCGCUCUCACCAUCUACGACGAGGACGUGUUGGCCGUGGAGCACGUGUUGACCACCAUCACCCUCCUGGGGGUGUGCAUCACCGUCUGCAGAUGUUUCAUCCCGGACAAGGACAUGGUGUUCUGCCCCGAGCAGCUGCUGAAAGUCAUCCUGUCUCACAUCCACUAUAUGCCCGAUCACUGGCUGGGCAAUGCCCACCGCUACGAGACCCGCGACCAGUUUGCUCAGCUGUUCCAGUACAAAGCUAUGUUUAUCUUGGAGGAACUGCUGAGCCCCAUCGUCACCCCCUUCAUCCUGAUCUUCUGCCUGAGGAGAAAAUCGCUCGAGAUCAUCGACUUCUUCCGGAACUUCACCGUGGAGGUGGUGGGGGUCGGAGACACCUGCUCGUUUGCCCAGAUGGAUGUCAGACAGCACGGCCACCCUGCAUGGCUGUCGGCCGGCAAGACCGAGGCCUCCAUCUACCAGCAGGCGGAGGACGGCAAGACGGAGCUGUCUCUCAUGCACUUCGCCAUCACCAACCCCAAGUGGCAGCCUCCCCAGGAGAGCACGGCCUUCAUCAGCCAACUGACCGAGAGGGUCCACCGCGACACAGCCACCGCCAUCAGCACCCAGACCGUCCUGCCCCCCAACACCAUGUUCACGUCGCUGCAGUCCGUGCAGUCCGAGUCUGAGCCACACAGUCUGAUUGCCAACAUCAUCGCCGGCCCCCCCUCAUUGGCGUUCCACUUGGGACGAGACAUGGGGGCUUCGCGAGCAGCCUCGGAGCCAGCCACGGGGGCCCUGAGGUCCUUCUCCCCGUUACAGGGCAGCCAGAACUUCCCCUCCAGCUUCCACACCUCCAUGCUGCGUGGCGAGGGCUCCACCCAGGCAGUGAGGAGCCGCAUGGCUGGCUCAGGCACUGACGCCAGGACAGUCAGCUCAGGCAGCAGCGUGUGGGAAGGUCAGCUCCAGAGCCUGAUCCUGUCUGAAUACGCCUCCACCGAAAUGAGUCUGCACGCGCUCUACAUGCACGAGCACCACAAGCAGCAAACGCGAGCCGAGCCAUCCCGGCACAUGUGGCACCGGCAGGACAGCGACGACAGCGGGGAGAGCGCCCACGAGGAGCCGGGCACGGUGCGCGUCUCGCCCGGCAAUGUGCCCCGCUCAGCCAGCUACCCCACUAUGUCCGGCACCGACUCGGCCACCGCCUGCCAGGAGGUCACCGUCACCUCGUCAGACACGCCGUGGAGAUCAGCCGAGCUGUCGGGCUCGCAGCGUCCGGCUUCUCGUUACUCUCGGCUGCCGAUGGGGGGCUGGACGGAGGAUGGGGGGGUCCCACGGCACCCUGAGACUGUGCCCGAGGAGGGCUCCGAGGAUGAGAUGCCUCCACAGAUCCAUCAGGUGUAGCUGUGGUGUGAACACGCGCAGUGUGAGCUGGAGAGCACAAGUGGUGGAGCUGCUGAUUUUCUACCUUUGAUCGUGUUACAGUGUUAAUGUGGCUGCAUGUCACCCACCGCUGCUCAGCCCUGUCGAGAC